UAGUGCUUGUCUCUUUCUCUCCUCCUUUACUCGUCAUGCCCCAACACCGUGAUGGCGAUUCUUCUUCUAAAGCCGCGUGUGUAUUCCUUCGAACCAUCAUGAUAUAUCCCUGUAUUCUGAUGCUUUUUUAGUCGAGGAGUUUAGUGUGACUCUGGCAGUGACUUGUCUUCUUCCUCUACUAUUUCGUUGAUUCCUCCGUCGCUAGACAUAGUACGAUUCCCUUCUACUCUGCAACUCACAAGCCAAUCAGGAGAACCAUCAUUUCUGAUCAGAUAUAAAGCAGUGAUCUCGAAGUUAAGUUUUUUUAUCUUUAAUUUCUGAUAUGGCUGGUUGUCGUUUCCAUGAUUCAAGGGAUUUUGAUCAUCUUGCUCCAUUAUGCUCGCUUCUUUGAUUAGUUUCCACUUUUCUCUGUACACGAGUUUGAAUAUCAAUCUCCCAUGGAUACCGUAGUUCCCGUGUCUAAUCGCGUGGGUUAUAUUUUGUUCUUGAACGUCUCGUUCCUUUUACUAGCUUGCGUGUUCGGGAUUAUCCAUUUGCACUCUACAGAACUUGUUCUUAGCCACCGAGCCGCCUCAUUCCGUGGUGGGACACAGCAGAAUUGCCACAACUUCGUGGGACUGGACGAUUACAGAGCCAAAUGUUUGUACCUUCAAUCCAAUAAUCCAUGCGUCUCACAGGGCUAUAUUGAUUACCUUUAUCUUUUCUAUUGCAAAUUUGGGCGAUUCCCGUUGUUGGGCUAUGCUCUUCUGUUCCUCUGGCUUCUUGUUCUGUUUUAUCUGCUAGCUGAUACGGCUUCUGAAUACUUCUGUCCUUCACUUGAAAGCCUAUCAAAAUCACUGAAGCUUUCCCCUACAAUUGCCGGGGUGACGCUUCUUUCUCUCGGUAAUGGAGCCACUGACGUUUUCGCCAGUCUCGUCUCUUUCAAAAGUAGCGGUACAAGCGGCGUUGGCUUCAACACAGUACUCGGGGGUGCUUCGUUUGUGUCCUGUGUCGUGGCAGGAAUAGUGAGCAUUUCGGUACGGCACAGGAGAAUUCAGGUUAAAAAGUCUGCUUUUAUUCGAGAUGUUUGUUUUCUUCUCUUGGUCCUGCUUUGUUUGUUUACCAUUCUUAUCAGCGGUGAGAUCAACGUUCUAGGGGCAAUAUGCUUUUCUUCCUUGUAUAUAGUUUAUGCAGUUAUUGUUUAUAUUUCAUCUACACGAUGGAAAGGCGUUUGUGGUGAUACCGAAAGGGAUAGUAAUUCAAGUUAUAGCAGUGACUUGAGUGUGUCCCUUCUCAGUGGCAUGGAAAAUGGGUCACCUGAAAGUGCAGAAGAAAGUUCUCAAGAAGGUUGCUUGGAAAUUGAGAAAAUUUGCUGCUGUAUGAGAUCUCCAGCAUGUACAGUGUCACUUUCAAUCCUGAAGAUGCCUCUUUACUUGCCCAGGAGAUUGACAAUUCUUGUUGUUUGUGAAGAGAGGUGGUCUAAGCCCAUUGCAAUUUCUUCAGUUGUACUAGCACCUGUUCUGUUAUCUGCCUUGUGGAUCUCUUGUGAGGGAGACACUACAGUCAACACAAGCCUAACAGUUUAUGGAAUUGGAUUAUUGAUUGGGGUUAUACUUGGGAUAACUGUGUUUUUCACAACCAAGCAGUCAAGCCCACCAAAGAAAUGCAUGUUCCUAUGGCUUGCAGGAGGUUUUGUGAUGAGUGUGACCUGGAGCUACAUUUCAGCUCAGGAAUUGGUGGCUCUGUUGGUUUCACUGGGCUAUAUAUGUGGAAUAAGUCCUCCAAUACUGGGGCUAACAGUUCUUGCUUGGGGAAAUUCAAUUAGUGAUUUGAUGACAAAUUUAAGUGUGGCUUUACAUGGUGGACCAGAAGGUGCUCAAACAGCAAUAUCUGGUUGUUAUGCAGGCCCCAUCUUUAAUACUCUGGUGGGCUUGGGCUUAUGUCUCAUAAUCUCAAGUUGGUCAGAAUACCCGUCUUCUAUUGUGAUUCCCAGAGAUCCAUAUCUGUUAGAGACUUUGGCAUUUCUGGUAGGUGGAUUGGCCUGGGCUCUUGUGGUUUUGACAGCGAGGGGUAUGAGGCUUGACGGAGUAUUGGGUGGUGGGCUUUUGGUUAUUUACUUUGUUUCAGUGUUUCUGAGGCUGGUUCAGACACUCGGGCCUCUCCAGCUCCUAGAUACGUGAGCCCUACUCUUUAAAAGAUGAUUUGAAUCACUUUAAUUAAGCAACUACUAAGCAACUGAUUACCAAAAGAAAAAAGAAAAAAAGCUACUAAGCAACUGACAUAUUUUCUGUACAGUUUUCUGGAACUUAUUAUAUGUAACUGAACAUUUGUUGGUUGUGUAACUGCCACCGCUUUUCCUUUGGACAGCGGCAGUAAUACCGUAAAGUUCACUGUUUAACA